AUGACAUCACGCGGGAAAAAAAGAAAAAAUUACGAUGAUAGAUAUGAUAGAUGUGAUCGAAAUGACAGAUACGAGCGUGAUGACAAAAACGAGAGGAAUGGUAAGAGAAGCGAAAAUACAUACGACAAAGAAAUAAUAUACGAUCAAAUAUAUUCCACGCCUAGGAAGAAUAAACCAAGAUGUAUGGUUGUGUCAAAUUAUAAGGAUAAUUUGUUGAACUAUUUUGAGAACAUUUUGAAUAUCGAAAGUCAUGCAUUAAAUUUUAAGAGCAAAUGGUAUAUGCAUUUUUAUAGAAUUUGUUUAUAUAAUGAAAAGUUAUACAUUGCAGGGGAUCAUGGAAAACCUACAAAUAAUAAUGCAAAUGCAAAUAAAAAAAAUAUAGAUAAAUUAAUUGUUGAAUAUAAUGUAGAGGAAAUGUUGAGAAAAGUACAAAAUUUAAUGAUUAGAAAAUUAGAUUGUGAAAAUUUAUAUUAUCGAAAAAUUUUGGUAAUUGUUUGUUUACUUUUUGACUUCUUCCAUAAUAAGAAACAUGUGAAUAUAAAAACUUUGAGCCAUUUGGAAGGAGAGGAGGAAGAAGAAGAAGAAGAAGACAAGUCAGCUGAAAUGGCCAACGCUACAGAAAACGUACAAGGAGUAGAAAGGGUAGGAGAAGAUAAGCAACGAAACGAAAGAAAUAAUACUAAUGGAAAGAAAGCAACACAUGUGAAGAAAGAAUCUAAAAAAAGGUCUCGCACCACAUCUGCAGCUGCAUAUUCUUCAGAUUAUGGAGAUAAUGAGUAUAAUGAAAUGAACAAAGAAGAAAUAGCCACAAUCAGUCGUAGACACCACAACAAAUACGAGGAAGAAAAAGAUGCAGGUGGAGGAGGUGGAGUGAGAAGGAGGAGAAGAGAAGAUUCCAAACAUAAGAAUUUACAAAAUGUGAAUCAAAGGAAUUAUUAUAUAAUAGAAUUUAAAAAUAUAUUAUUUAAUGAAAAAAAAAAAUUCAAUAAUAUCGAAAUAUUUUAUCAUAUCACGAAUUUUAUUAUACAUAAAUAUUGGUACUCAUCAGAGUAUGCCAGAUAUAAUGUUUUCAUAUGGUUUUUAAAUUAUAUGAAUAAUAAAUUAGAAAUAAAAAAAUGCAUUAAUAAUAUAAAUGAGCAGUUAGAAAUGUUUAUUAACUUGCAUCCAAAAAUUUUCAACAUUUCUCACGCAAAGAAGAAGAGAAAGAAAAAUACACAUCAUAUGAGUGGCAGUAAUAGUCACAUUAUUGGACUUGGGGGAUGCAUCGCUGCAGAUAAGCACAAUAACAAUAUUGCAAGUAACGUUGCAAGUAACAUUGCAAGUAAUUAUACCCAGAAUGAUGAAAACAAUGAUGACGGGCAUAAUAAUCAUAGUCACUACUUUGAGAAUGGUGUUUUAGAUUACCCUAAUCUUAAAAACAGGUGUAGACAAGUGGGUGGUGGAUUCUCCGAUAUUACAAAUUUAGAAAAUAAGAACAAAUUAACAAAUAUUGAAAAUAUGAAUAAAAUGAAUAGUUUUAGUCACUUUGCAAACUCUGCAAACGCGAAUAGCAUAAGUAAUAUUGGUACUACCACACCAGGGAACAAUUUCAAUAACCCAUUUAAAGGAUUUGAUCAAAGUAAUAACAUAUUUAGUAGCAACAAGAAUAAUGAAAAUAGUCUGUUUAGGAAAAGCACUAACAGUCUAUCCAGUAACACUACUGCUCCAGCGUCUCUUUUUGGAGGGGGAGGGAGCUCCAUUAAUGGAACCUCUAUUAAUGGCUCUUCUAUUAACAAGAGUUCGAUUACGCAUAGUUUAAGUAAUAGUGAUGCACAAAAAAAUUCUGGUGCAUUUACUACUAGUCUGAACACGCAAGGUGUUUCAAAUGCUAGUGGGACCAACUCGAGUGCAAACAAUGCGCUCACGGGAAAUAUAUUCGGAAUGAGCAGCUUCCUAAGCAACGGCAGCAGUGGUAACAACAAUAGUGGUAACAACAGCAGUGGUAACAACAGCAGUGGUAACAACAGCAGCGGCAGCAACUUGAUCACCCCAAAUAAUAACAACAUUUCCAUCAAUUUGUUAAACAAUUCAUCGAAUAAAACAUCUAGCAUUUUUGGUUCCCAAAAUAGUACCACAUCUAACACGUCAAGUAUGAAUUUAUCUGGAAGCAGCAACAACCGAAUUUUUGGUUUCGACAAAAGUACUCCAAGUACUAAUCUCUUUGGAAAUGCUGCUGUAAUGAAUCAAAAUAAAAAUGUUUUUUCCUUUGGCAGUAAUAACCAAAUAGGGAAUACAGAUAAAGACAAGUUUCAGUUAGGUUCUUCCACCACAAAGACAUCUAUCUCUUUCAUUAAUCAGAAGAAUAAAGGAGAGUCGUCGUCCUUUUCUCCGUUGUCAGGUGGGAGUUGGAGUGCUAAUGCUACGGGUAUGAGAACAUUUGGUGUGCUUAACAGCACAACUGGAGAAAGCAGUGGAAAUUUGAUGAACAAUAACACUAAUAAUGUGUUAUUAAAACCGAGUUCAGGUUUCCAAAAUGGCUUAGGUCAACAAAAGGAAAGUCUUUUUGGUGGUUCUAAGACGAAUGAAAACAUUUUCAAUAGUAGCAACUCGGUAUCGGCAUCAGGCCAAGCUAACAUUUUUGGAACACAACUUAACAGCAGCACGAAUCAGAGCCCAUUUAGUAAAUCAUCAACUAUUUUUCCCAGCAGUAUUGGAGGUAAUAGCGGUGUCAAUAGCGGUGUCGGUAUUGGAGGGAAUGUUGAUAGGAAUCUGAGCAGGAAUCUUGGACUAAAUAAUGUAAAUCUCGGGAGUAACAGCACGAGCAGCAAUAGUGGAGGCAUAACCUUUGGAUCCAGUUUGUCAAAUAGUGCAAGUUUGAAAAUUGGGAGUAACAUGUCUCAAAUGAAUUCAAAUAUGUCACCAUUUCAGUCGAUAAACACAACACAGAAUACAAACAAUUUAGCGAAUUUUUUUAAUAGUGAAAAUGGUUCUAAGGAAUUAUUUAAAGACUUAAAAUUAUCCAAUGACACGGGUCCUAAAUUUACAGUUAAUAAGAAACCAUUAUUUUCCAAAAGAGUAAAGAACAGUACACUACUAACAACUAAUAACACGCUAAAUCAAGAAAAUAAUAUAUUUAGCUCAACAUAUAUGAACAAAGAUAGUUUAUUAAACAGCCAAGAUAAACCGCUCAAGGUUAUAUUUGGACAAAACAAAAUUAACGGGAAUAUGGAUGGUUCUAACACAUCUGGCACUAAUAAUACGUCAAAUGUGAGCAGUGGUAAUUUGUUUAAUACUGCAAAUUCUAACAGUAACAAUAAUAUUUUUGGCAUCGGGUCUCGAACAACAACAACUGGUAUAGACACAGGAGGGGUUAUGGAAAACGUAUCUGAUAGUAAUAAAAACAAAAUAAACAAUAUGUUUAAUCAAGAGAACAAUCAAAUGACAAAUAAAGUUAUAUUCAAUGCAGCAGCAUCAAAUAGAAUUGAACAGAAAAAUAAUUCGAUAACUUUUGGAAACCUGAGUAAUAAUAAUUUGUUUGGAAAUAGUAUGGUUAAUCCGUUUCACAGUAGCACAAAUAAUAUUUUUGUACAUAAUCAGACAUGUGUAAAUUCAAACAGUAAUAACAACACCUUUGGAAAUAAUCCUUUUUUUAGUUCAACUGAUGAUAAUAAAAAUGAUACAAAUAACAACAAUUCGAAUUUAUGUAUCCCUGUAAAAAAAUUAACUUUAGAAGAGAGAAAAAGAAAAACAGCGAAAAACAAUAUGUUAUCACUAUUUUCAAAUAAUAAAAUGAAUGCUCCAGAUAUGAAUAAUUCAACCGAGUUAUUCUCAUCAACAACAUCUAUGUCGAAUAAUAACCUGUUCAGUAAUAAAAAUGACAGCAAGGUUAAUACAUUUAAUUUUAACAACUCCUCAACGGGUAGUGAUAAUAAGCCAAUAACUACUACCACUUCCACGUCUACCUCCUCUGUCUUAUCGGGUGUUAACACGAAUUCCCUUUUUUCUUUGAACAAAGAUAGUAAUAGCAAUAUUGGAACUAACACAAAUCAGGUUAAUUGGGGUGACACAAAAGGAUCCAUAUCUGAAUCCUCUGGGAAUUUAUUAAAAAGUCUGGAAAACAAAGCGGAUGUUGAUUCUACAUCGAACGUUGCAACAGUUGUCACUGCAGAGAAUGUGAGUAGGGACGAUAAUAAGGAUAGCCCAUCAUUGAAGACGUUGACAGGUAGUAACAACAAUGGCAAGACCAUCGUGGAGACAGAUUUGAAGACAGAUUUGAAGACAGAUUUGAAAUUAGAUUUGAAGACAGAUUUGAAAUCAGAUUUGAAAUCAGAUUUGAAGACAGAUUUGAAGACAGAUUUGAAGACAGAUUUGAAGACAGAUUUGUUUGUCCUGAGUACAAAUAUGAAUGAGGAAAAAAACAAAAGCACGGCAGUUGAAGAGAAGCAAAAAGAAACAAACACUUUUGGAAUCCAAAAUGUUAAAAACGAAGAAAAGAAUGAUCUAAAAAAUGAAGAGAAAAAUUAUAUAACAGAGAAAGAUAAGGGAAAUAACAAAAUAGAUACAGAAAAUGUAAAAGAUACAUUUAAAGGAUUUGGAAAUUUAAUUUUUAGCAAGACUUCUUUAACGAAUAAAGAAACAAAGGGGGAGAAAGAGGAGGACACUGCUGAUUCAUCAUUAUUCCACUUUGGUAAUAAAAAAGUGGAUGAAAAAAAGAGUUCUAUUUUUUCCUUUCAUUCUCAAGAGAAUAAAGAAGAUAGAAGUUCUACCCCUCUUUUUGGUUUUCCUAGCAAAACUUCUUCCUUUAACGAAUUGCACAGCAAAGAAGAAAAAAGCAAAACCUCCAUUUUUUCUAUUAAUGAAAAUAAUAAACAAAACGAAAAUGGUCUCGCACAAUCUGAGAGUUCCAAUAUGUUUAUGUUGAACCCCACAAACUUUGGCUCCAAGAGUAACUUUAUUGAUGGAAGUGGUGGCACAAAUUCACGUCCGAAUAAUUUUCUUUCCAAUAAUCUGUUUUCUGAUAAUCCACUUUCGAAUAAUAGUCCUAACAACAACAACAACAACCAAUUCAGCAUUGGAAACUUGAACGAACCCAAACUAAGUGAACACAUAAAUUAUGAUGAUGUAAAAAAUAGAAAGAGAAGGAGGAACAUCGAUAUGGAUGAAAAGGAUGAAUUAUUUGGAGCUAGCACUUUGAAGGAGAGGAGUUUUAUGGGAGAAAAUGAUCAAUGGAUUGGAACCUCUAAGAAUUGUCAAAGUAGUAUGCAUAAAUUGAAUGUGCUAGGUGAACACAAUGUGCACCAUAUUGAUGAGUGUAAAAAUGAUGAUCGUAUUGGUGAUGAGAGUCUAUUUUUUAAAAAAAGUAAAGUAGGGAAUGCAUUAAAUGAUACAAAAAAUAUUUUGAACACAUUAAAAUUUGAUAAUAUCCCAAGUAAGGAUGUUUUAAGUGCAUCUUUAAAUGAAAAAAAUAUAAAUUCAAGUGGUAAUAAUUUAAUAGAAAAGGAUGUAUUAAAUGGGAAAAAUGUAUCCUUGUGGAAUAAUGAAGAAACUAGUAGUCCAUUUAAAAAUAACAUUUUUAAUUUUGGGACUAGUUCAUUGAACGAUAAAAAUAAUACUAGUUCCAUGCAAAUGGUGUCAAAUGAAGUAAAUAAAAAUUCAAACUUUAUUAACAACAAUAAUAAUGACACAAAUUUUUAUCAUAACAAUAUUUCAAACAAUCAGGUAUCGAUAGAAAUGAAUAACACAACUGAUGAGAAAAAUAAUGACACAAUGAAAGAAUCACAGUCACAAUACCUAGUUUCUAUGAAGCAUAAGGAAAACAUGUUUUGUAAUAAUCAAAUCAAUAGGAUGGUGAGAGAAAGAGAAGAUGAACUAUCUAAUUAUGAAAAAUUAAGAUUGAAUAAUUAUCUAAUGCAUGAAGUGCAAGAUGAUGCAAACAGUAGUCAUAUUUUGACAAAUGAAUUAAAAGAAAUGAAAGGUAUAAAAAAAGAAAACAUCAUAGUGACAGAUAAAAAAAGUAUGGAUAGAAUUGUAGAGUAUAAUAAAAAAAUAUCUUUUGAUGAUAUAGAAGUAGAUUUAGAUAAAGAUAUUAUCGAUUUAAAUGAUCUUAGAAAGAAUUUAUUUUUAUGUGUUUUAAAUUUUCAUUUAAAUUAUUGGGCAGAAAAGGUUAUUUUAUUUUAUCCGCAUAAUGAAAAAAUUAAUAAAUAUUGUAACAAAAUUAUGAGAAUUAAAAAUGAAUUUGAUGAAACAUACAAUUUUAAUUUAUUUGAAGAAAUACAUUUAUUAUCCAGAAAAUUAUUAAAAAAGCUAGAUAGAAAUUGUUGUAUAUACGAAAGUGUUUUAUUUCUAUCAGCUGAAAAUUUAUAUGUUUUAAAAAAUGCUAAAUUAUCUCUCUUCGAAGCUUUUAAUAUCUAUCAUUUUUGGUAUCAAAAAAAUACCCUAGAUGUAAAAAAAAACUUUCAAAAUUUUAUGUACACAAAUAAAAUAUACCCUUCCUAUUUGAACUAUUAUAUGAAUUUAUACAAAAAUUACAAGUCAUUUAAUUAUAAAUGUUCUGAAAUCAAUGGAGAAACGCAGUAUAAAAUUAAAACUACGAAUAACACUACAAAGAUGAAAAUGAAGCAAAAAAAUAAGACCCCUCUAUACAUGAGAGAAGCAGAGACAAAGGGAGAUUACGGGGCCACUCAUAGUUCCAUUCAUAAUGAAAAUAAAUCACCUCAGAAGGAGGAAGAAAAUCACAAUUCAGCAGAAAGUUAUAAGCAUCAACAACGGAUAGACUCAUCGCAGGAGUCUGAUAAUUGUUUGUUUAAUAAGGAUAAAGCAAAAGAAGGACAGAAAGCAGAAUACUGUGAUGAUAGCAACAGAGAAAAGAAUGGAUAUCAAGAGAGGCAAGUAGACCAUGAAAGCACGUGUCGAAGUGGUAGCCGUGACGGGAAUAACAGUACUGAAGACAGCAAUGAGAAUAGCGAUCAAUAUAGUGACGAGGAUAGUGAUGAGGAUAGUGAUGAGGAUAGCGAUGAGGAUAGUGGUCAAGAUAGCGACGAGGAUAGUGGUCAAGAUAGCGACAAGGAUAGUGGCCAAGAUAGCGACAAGGAUAGUGGCCAAGAUAGCGACAAGGAUAAUGGCCAAGAUAUCGACAAGGAUAGUGACAGAAAUGGUGAUAACUGUAGUGACAAUAACAAUAACAAUAAUAGGUUAAGCAAAAAUAGAAAUCGUAGAAAACAUCGCAAGGGAUGUCGGAGUAAACGUGGGCUGAGAAGACACUCGGAGGGGAAAGGAAAGACAAAGAAGAAAAAGAGUAACUACAAAGAGAACAGCCUGAUUGAUAUUCUGAACUCGAACAGCAGUGAUGUAUCUGACGUUAUGGACAACAGUUUCAAAGAAGAACCAUUUAACGCACACAUAAAGGAAAAAUAUAUUUAUCUAUCAAAAGGAAAGAAAAGAAAAAACAAAUUGUUACUUCCAUCACAUAUAAGAAUAAAAAAACUGAGUGCAUGUGAAUGUAUAUUACUUGAAUUGAUUUUAAAAAACGAUAUACUGAAUGUUUUGAAGAAGUAUAAAAUUUUUAAAACAGAAAAGUAUGAAUAUUUGUAUGUAAAUCUAAUAGCAAUGUUAAAGCAUUACAAUUAUUUUUCAGUAGAUAAAGAAAAUGAAACAAGAAAGAGCAACACUUGUAAUAAUGUAAGUAUAAAUCCUUCGAACUUAAGUGAUGGUCGUCGCCCAGGUUCUUCAAUGGGAAUUGAAAAUGGCACAAAAUCUAUGAUAGAUGGAUCAAACAAAAUAAAUAAUGAACUAAGAAAAUUAAGCAACCAUUUGAAUAGCAAUUGUGGUGGAAACGCAAAGAAUGAUAAAAUUAAUAUUUUAAAGAAAAUAUGCGAUAAAAAUUUGUUAUAUUAUAUAAAUAUGCAAUUAAAAAACAUUUCGCAUUUAAUAAAUUUUAAUGAAAUAGAAAUAGCAUUUGUAUAUUUAAAUCAUAUAAAAAAUAAUUUAUUUGUCAUGUUUCAAAUGCCUAUUUUAUUGUAUAACACUCUGUUUGACAGAAUUAUAAACUCAUAUAAUGAUUAUAUUAUUCUUGAAAAUUUUUUUAACAAUUCAUGUCUUUAUAACGAUUUCAGAUAUGAAUACAUUUUCAAAACAAAAGUUGCAUAUAUGCUUAUGAAGAAAUUUUAUUUUACAGACGAUAUAGAAAAUUGCAUUAAAUUUGCUUUAUAUUUUGAAAAUUGUAGAACAAAAGCACCAAGAAAUAAUAUAUACAAUGAUUAUAUAUUUCAUAAAAACUUAAUAAAUGCGUACAUUAAUGUACAUGAAGAUAUUGUUCCUGAAGAAUGGAUACAAGCACAGAAUUCUAUUAAUAGCGAGUUAAGUGAUCUUAACGAUUCAGAAUAUUUGGAUUACUACUCCUUUUUCUUUAAAGACAUAUCCAAAUACAUCAAGUUCCACAUUAUGCAGAAAAUUAUAACUGGCAAUAUAUUCAGUUUACUCAAGCAGGAUUAUAGUAAUUCAGAAGAGAAGAAACGUUUCAAUGGAAAUGAAACCAGUUUAAGUAAUACAGCCAUGGUUGCUAAUACUGAAGAUAACAGGAACACUGAUGAGAGUAAGAGUGGUGAAGAUAGAUUCGCAUGCUAUUUCGUGUACAUGGUGAAUAAGUCCAUACUCGAUGACUUGGCCAAUAUUUACUCCUCAAAGGGAGAAUAUUUUUACAAGAGAAUUUCAUCUACUCUUAUUAAUAACUCAUUUAUAAAAGAUUACGAUAAGAUAUACAAUAAACACUUCCACAUGUAUGUACAGGUGGCAAACAUAAACAACUUUAUGAAAACAAAUUUUUUUGAAUAUAUAAAUUUUUUUAAAAAAAAGGAAUUGUAUCAUAUUGAUAAAGCAAAAAAUGAAGAUGAAAUUAUGGAAAAUUUAGUAAAUGUUAUAAAAAUAAAUGGGAAAAAAAUUAUAGUAGUAAUCAACAUGCUAGUUGAAAUAAUUACAAAAAUUGAAAAAAAUAUAAUAAAAAAUGUUAAUAGUUUUAUAACCAUAAAUCUAAGAAAUUUAAUCAUAGACACAUUUUAUUUAUUUAAGUACAUUUUUAACAAUAAAGAAUUUUCUCUAAAUCUUGUUGAAGACUUAUACAGGAAUGUCGUCAUUUUUAAUGAUAUAAUUAAUUCCACCAUUUCAGACGAUGUGCAUUACUAUCCCAAGGAGCAAAUAAAAGAAUUGUACACAUUUAUAAGACAUAAAUUUACCAAUCAAAAUUUAAUCACUUGA